AUGGCUGCCGGCCGCAUCCUCGGUGACUAUGCCGGACUCUUCGCCCAUCAGGCGGCUCCAGCAGGGCCAAAGGGUGCUACUGCCCAAUGGCCUUGUGGCAGUGGCCUUGCCCGCGCGCCGAUGAGCCCCCGGCAGUUGAUGCAGAUGGUGCAGCCAACUGACUCGCCCCGGCGCGCAAUGGCCAUGAACGUGUCGACCAUGCCGAGCAUGGUGAGCAUGCCGAGCGGUCAGGACUCGCCCCGGGCGAUGGCCGUGGCGACCGUGGCGAGCCUGGGCCAGGACAUGUCCCCGCGGCGCGCGAUGGCCAGCGGCCAGCUGAGCGGCCAGCUCUCGGCGAUCUCCACGGAUGAUGUAUCCGCGGGAUCGCCGCGACAGCAAGCGCCGCUGCCGCAGCCGCCGUUGCAGGCUGGAUCCCCACGCAGGCAGCAGCAGAGCGGCCAGUGCCAAGUGGUCACAGAUGCGUCCCCACGACAGGACUCUCGAGCCUCCCCGCGGGCGAGCGCUGAGGCGCCGCGAUUGGUCAGCAACCAGGACAUGUCGCCGCGGAUGGCGAGCAUGGCCAGCCUGGCGAGCAUGGGCAGUUAUCAGGCGCCGUCCGAGGGUAGCCAAGGCAACUCGGCGACCGCGGACGCCGGGAAGGCUGGGAUGUCUCCGCUGCACAAGUUGGCCAGCAUCAAGGACAAGAUGUCGAGACUCGCGAGCAACUUGCAGGAGGAUGCCUUUCACUUCGGCGAGGAGCCGCCAGGCUCCGCCCGCGCGGAGAAGCGUGAGGACACGGAGGAGACCAUCUCAGCCUCGCAGUCGAUGCGGGAUCCCGACGCUGGAGCCUCCGGCACCGCGCCGGCGAGCAUCGCCGGGCCGCUGACGCAGAGCGUGCCGACGCUGGCGCAGGGCUCGCCGGGCUUGGCGCCGGCGGCGCUGGCGCAGAGCCAGCCCACGCUGCCGCCCUUCAGCCCGGCCCAGUGGCCCAUGCGGCCCAGGCUGCGCAGGUCCUGCGCCCGAUGGUGCCCGCAGCGGCGCGGCGGCAUUUUUGGAGGGUUCUUCCGACGUGAAGCCCACGGGAGCCGUAAGGGCCCGGCGGUGGCUCGGAGCGAGCUCGAUGACCCUGCCGGCUCGGCCGUGGACGCCCAGUCCGGGAAUGAGCCCCGCGCCUAUGAGGCGCGGCCCUGGGUCCAUGUCCUUUUGAUCGGUUCGUUCGGUUAG